AUCUUAGAAGUUUCUAUUCGCUGUUUCACAUACACCGUUAAAAGCAUUCGCUUUAAAGUGGUCUUUUGUGUUCCAAUUUUUACCAUUCCGAUUUGAUAAUUACCAAUCGUCGCCUUUUGGUACGAAACAUUAUUUUUGGGAAAAAACAAUUGAAAAUACUAAAAAUAUGCAGAAGUUGAAGGACUCCACUGACAAAACAUUGGGAUUCAAUUCAGGUGUGAUUCGCGAGAAGUGAUCAAACGAAGGCAGGAGAUGUGGCGCACGUGUGAAAAAAUUUUCUGACUUUUGUACAUGUCGAUCUGCGACCGACAUACGACUGAAUAAAGAACUCUAAUGGCCUAGCUUACUAUGACUGACUACAAAAAUAAAACAAAGUGAUUUCUGAAUUCGCCACGAGCGGUGGCAAAUGUCCCAGCAAUUGGAAGCCGAGGAUGCUCUGAGAUUAGACCCAAGCGUACAGCGGGAGUUUGGACCGUUGAUAAAUAUUAUUGAGGCAAAAAAAACUUUAUUUACCAUCAUUAUGCGGGUUAAUCUAAAAGUUAUGCUCCUAUGUCUUAUUUUGGCGGUAAUGACGAUUACUGUUGGCGUUUACAUGCGUUGUGUGACUUUCCCAUUCGGACCUGGCGAACUUCAAUUGAGGCGAUCUAAUGAGGAUUCACCCACUAAAAACUCACUCCGAGUUGAGGCGACUUCGGCUUGCCAUCUUCAAGACAUAGAAUGCUCCAUUAAUCAGGAGUAUAAUAUUCACUGUAAACGAGAUGAAAUAGAUAAUGAGGUAUAUGUGCCCUUUUCAUUUCUCCAUCAGUAUUUUGACGUAAAUGGAGCUCUUUCCACCACCAGUGUUGGCGGUAGCUCCGUGGCAGAUGUAGCUAGAUUUGAUUGGAUGCAUAGUAAUGCCAAGAUCAAUUUGCCAAAGGGCAAAUACGAUCCUCAUGGUGUUUUUAUGUAUUUUGAAAACUAUAAUGUAGAAGUCAGGGAUCGCGUUAAAUGCAUCAGUGCAGCUGAGGGAGUUCCUGUCAGCAUUCAGUGGCAGAAAAGUGGGUACUUCUAUCCAACUCAAAUAGCUCAGUUUGCCCUCUCGCACUAUAGCAAGAAUUUGACGGAGGCUGCACCACGUGUGCACGUUCUGGAGGAUGCUGAUGCAAGUCAAAUGGAAUGGCACAUACCAAAAGCAAGUAAUAUGUCACGAAUUUGGCAUCCCAAAUUUAAUACAAAUGUCAUACAAUUUGAAACAGCUAUUGGGUAUUCCAGUGCCAUUUUUAUUAACCCUCGUCAGACUUUGGACCUUUUAUUAAGCGUUGACCUUUUAUUGGUAACAAACAGUAGCAGUUUAAUGGUCAAGGUUCUUAAUCGGGAGACAAAAUUAAAAUAUAAUCUGCACUAUUUGCCAGCUGAUCUUCUCUUGAGCGUCCAGGACACGAAUAUCUAUUACGGCAUGGGACGAUUAUCGUUAAAUCGAUGGCGCCACCUUACUCGCGAUCUGCAUAUCGAUGUACAGAAAGCUAUUGUUUUUGGAGCCAAACAUUCGCCAAUUAAGGUCCGCAGGACUGAUUUGGAAAUACUUAGUAUUUCAUUUUUGGGCAUUGGAUUCUAUGACAACAUUACAUUGUCCACAAGUAAGCACUUGGCCCACUUUUAUGAUGCUGCAGAAUGGUUAGUUCAUAAUCAGGAUCCACAAACUGGUGGUUGGACCAAUCCAGUGCGAAGAAGUUUAAAUGGUUUCGCUGAACUAAAACCUGGUUGGAUUUCGGCCAUGGGACAAGGUCAUGCAAUUUCCGUUUUGGCAAGAGCCUAUUGGCACUCUGGCGGAGAUGAGCGUUAUCUUGAAGCAGCAGUAGCUGCACUGCAACCCUACAAAAUUUUGUCCCGAGAUGGUGGAGUCUUAGCACAAUUUAUGGAUAAGUAUUACUGGUACGAGGAAUAUCCUACAUCCCCUCCGUCGUUUGUGCUAAAUGGCUUCGUUUACUCACUACUGGGACUCUACGAUUUAAAUAACACAGCUCCAUCACGAGUUGCCUGCGAGGCAAGCAAACUUUUUACCCAGGGCAUGCAUUCGCUUAAACAAAUGCUUCUACUGUACGACACAGGAUCGGGAACUACCUACGACUUGCGUCAUUUAAGUUUAGGUGUUGCUCCAAAUUUGGCACGCUGGGAUUACCAUGCCACUCAUGUCAACCAGUUGCUACUAUUGGCUACUAUUGAUGGUGAUCCGUUAAUAACUCAAACUGCAGAACGUUGGAAGGGUUACAUGUUCGGAAAACGAGCCAAACACAACUGAGGAAAUUGGUAAAGGUUUAUUGUUAUUGUCCUAAAAUCAAGUGAUAUUUAGAUUUCGUAUGUAAGACAAAAAAAAAAAAUUAACAUUUUAUUUAUUGUUUAAUUGUUUUCUAUGAUUUUUUUUACCUUUUACGUUAAUUUUGUGUUAAAUAAUAAGAUAUUCUGUAAUUCUGUUUAUCUGUAACCAACAAAAAUCAAAAAUGAAGACAGAGUUAGUUCUGCAAUAAUAGUCAUUCCCCGUUGAUAGAGAACUGCACCAUUUUUGAUCGCAAAAUCUAGUAUUUAAGCUUAUAUGUACAUACAUUAGUAUGAAUAUCUAUAGUUAUGUAUGCAGGAAAUAAGUAUCUUAAAUUGAACAGGAUAACAUAAUUAUACUAUUAAUAAAAGUAUUGAGGGUAUAUGUACUUUGAUUUGUCAAUUUUUUUUUAAAUAUAUAAAAACUAAUUCCUGUUUCAACACUUACCUACUAAAAACCCCUUAAGAAUUUUUGUCAAAAAUCGCAAAUCAAAAACGAGACUAUUGGGUCUUCACAAAAGUUCA